AUGAAGACUUCUCCUUCAUGGGAAGUAAGACCUUACUGGGUUUCUCUCCAUGGAGAUGUUAUACAAAAUCAUCACCAAUUCCGGACAGUAUUCUCAGAUCCAGAUCCAAAACCUCUCCGCCCAAGCUUGAAGACCUCUUCCCUUUGGAAUGGAGAAGAGCUCUCAUGGAUGACAAAAACGAGCUUCUGUACAUGGACUGGUGUCACGUGCGACAUCUCUCGCCGGCAUGUGACCUCUCUUGACCUCUCCGGCCUCAUCCUUUCCGGCGUUCUCUCUCCAGACAUCUCCGGUCCAAUCCCGCCGGAGAUCUCGAAGCUCUUCGGGCUUCGUCACUUGAAUCUCUCAAAUAAUGUCUUCAACGGUUCGUUCCCCGAUGAGAUUUCAUCUGGACUAGUGAAUCUCCGCGUUCUUGAUGUCUACAACAACAAUUUGACCGGAGAUUUGCCGCUUUCCGUCACAAAUCUGACUCAGCUCCGUCAUCUCCACCUCGGCGGGAACUACUUCUCCAGUCAGAUCCCAUCGUCUUACGGAAGCUGGCCGGUUAUCGAGUAUCUUCGCUUCUCCUCUCAGAUCUGGCCUCCCUCUCAUGCUUCUCACUAUGUGCUCAUCUCAGGAGCAAGCCGUGAACUUUGA